CAGAGUUACUUUGUACUGCGAUUUUUUAUGCGAAGCAUUUACGCUUGUUUUACAUUCCUUCGCGAACUUCUCAGGGUGUACGACUGUAUGUUAUUUUAAUACGUAACAUGAUUCAGAAUUUGUAAUUAAAAAUAUAUAGUGAUAAUAAUAGAAUUUGUACAAUCAAGUGGAUUAACUAUAACAAAACAAACACGACAAGUGACAAAGGUAGUAUGAGAAAGUGAAAUUAUAUUAUAGUAUCGAGUGAGAAAAGAAUAGAACGAAAGCGAGGGAACAAGUGUGUGAACGUUAGAGAGAGAAAAAACAUAAACAUGUAUUUCUUUGGUGUGAAUAAUAUAAAGGAACUUGUCAAUAGUUGUUUUCAAGGCAAAGAACCAUGGCAAAUAGUAACUAUAACAAGUACAUCUGUGCUUACUUCAGUUUGGUUAUGGAAUUUUAUCUUUCAAGAUGAAAGUCUUAUAGAAAGAGCAAAGAAACAAUUUUUUAAUUUACGGAAUUAUAUACCUGCUAUACAAAAUAAGAUUGAUCAAGAAUUAGAUAAGAUUAGUCAAACAUUUGCACUAGAAGCAUUACAAAGAAUAAAAGAUGUUCCUUUUGUAUUGAAACUUCCAGAAAAUGGUCUAGAACCAAGUAAAAUAUUAGAACUAGUAAAACAGAGUGUUCAGUUAGGUGAUUAUGACUGGAAAAAUGGUAAAGUAUCUGGUGCUAUAUAUAGAAUCGAUACUGAUCUUUUACAAUUAAUGGGAGAUAUUUAUGGUAUUGCAUCUUAUACAAAUCCAUUACAUCCUGAUAUUUUUCCUGGUAUAUGCAAAAUGGAAGCAGAAGUAGUUAGAAUAGCUUGCAAUUUAUUCCAUGGAGAUGAUGAUACUUGUGGUACUAUGAGUAGUGGUGGCACAGAGUCAAUUUUGUUAGCAUGUAAAGCAUAUAGAGACUAUGCAAAACAAGUAAAAGGUAUCAAAAAUCCAGAAAUGGUAUUGCCUGUAACAGCACAUUCUGCUUUUGACAAAGCUGCUCAGUACUUAAAAAUUAAAGUACGUAUUGUACCUGUCAACCAACAUAGCUAUACUGCUUGUAUUAAAAGUAUGGAAAAAGCUAUUACAAGUAAUACAAUAAUGUUAGUAGGAUCAACACCAAACUUCCCAUAUGGAACAAUGGACAACAUUAAAGCAAUUUCUGACCUAGGAGUAAAAUACAAUAUUCCAGUCCAUGUUGAUGCUUGUCUUGGUGGAUUUUUAAUUUGUUUUAUGCCACAUGCAGGUUUUGAUGUACCGUACUUUGACUUUAGACUUCCUGGAGUUACAAGUAUAUCAGCUGAUACACAUAAGUAUGCAUAUGCUCCAAAAGGUUCUUCAAUUAUUUUGUAUAGAAAUAAAAAACUAAGGCAUCAUCAGUUUACUAUAUCAACUGAUUGGCCUGGUGGUAUUUAUGGUUCUCCAACUGUAAGUGGUUCAAGAGCUGGUGGAAUUAUAGCAUCAUGCUGGGCUUCAUUGAUGUAUUUUGGUUAUGAUGGAUAUUUAGAAUCAACAAAGAAAAUCAUUGAAACAACUAAAUAUAUCGAGCAAAAGUUAAGAAAAUUAGAUGGAAUUUUUAUUUUUGGUACUCCAGCUACUUCAGUUAUUGCAUUUGGAUCAAAUGAUUUUCAUAUUUAUAAACUUUCUGAAGCUCUUAAUGUAAAAGGAUGGAAUUUAAACACACUUCAAUUCCCUUGUGGUGUACACCUUUGUGUUACAUAUGUCCAUACACAGCCUGGUGUGGCAGAUCAAUUUUUAAAUGACUUUGAAACUGAAUUAAAUAUAAUCUUAACAAAUCCAGAAAUUCCUAUUGAAGGAAAGUUUGCAAUUUAUGGAAUGAGUCAAAGCAUUCCAGAUAGAAGCAUUGUUGGUGAUUUUGCAAAAGGUUUCUUAGAUUCUAUGUAUUUUAUACCUACAAAUCAAAUAACAAUCAGCAAUGGUCUACAUAACUAA